AAAACUUUACAUUCAAUCCUUAGCUCCAGAAUAUGAUGUCGAAGAAUAUUCUUCACUUGAUUUCGAUCGCCAUCUUGUGUUCCAAUGGAAUCGUCGAUAGCGUAGCGAUGAGACGAGUCUGGUCGGCGGCCGAAGACUCCAAUUGUCCCACUCUUUACUCAAACCUCCGGCCAAUCACUGCCAUCGCUUCCAUCGACGGAUCGCCGCAACUGUUGCUAAUUAGCGGCGAAUGCGCUUACUUUGUGGACUACCCGACCCGUGACGGCAUUGAUCAACGGCGACACGGCUUCAGACAUCUUAUGGCACUUCAAGACAUUCAGGACCUCUUUGUCAUCGCAAACAACACUAACAUCGAGUUCGUCAGUCUUCACGCCAGCGGAACACUUGUGCAGAUCAUCGGUUCCAACACAACGAAUGCCACUGAAGACACGAUAUUGUCAAACGUGUUCAAAGGCCUGACCGCAGACCUGGAUCUGCCGAUCGACGCGGCCUUUGUCUGGACCUCCAAACGCAUCGCUUAUAUAAUCCAGGGUUCGAAGUAUUGGGCGUUUGAGUUGAGCGACGGCUGGAGGAGAGGCAGCCGAGCGCUGGCCGACAACUAUCCGCGAAGUAUCGCCGACUUUGGUCUCACAGACGGCCAUAAGAUUACGACCGCUUUCAGCGAUUCGACAAAAAUCUACUUCGUUUCCAUGGAUUUGGUUCAUGAGUUUCACGUCUCGGACGUCAACCCAAAGACGGGACGCUUUGUGGGCAGUCUUUGCCAGAAGACAAUCAAACUGAAAGACUUCCUCAAGUGCUCCAAAGAGGACACCAAAAGCCAGAAGAAGUCGUUGAAUUGGUUCUCGAGCUUCGGUCGCCUGAUGUCGGAUAUGACGGACUGGAUGUCGGCUAUGGCGGACUGGAUGUUCACUUUUGCCACGCCAUCGGCGAUCGUAGCCCUGAUUGUCAUCGUUAUAGGGCUGUCACUGUUGGUUCUGACACUGGUAUAUCCGCUAAAUGGUAACGUUGUAACUUGUAAGGGCAACACCGGCACUAUUUUAAACGGAAGCAAUGUGGUCAUGUAUUAUUGA